AAUAAAUACAUUAAGUCUUUGUUUGAAGUUCAGACGAGAGACAGAAGCAGCAGAGCGGACACAGUGUGCUACAAAGAGAUUCGAGAAGAAUAAUAUAUACAAAUCAGGAGGAGUCGAGAUGAUGAUGGAUAAUGGCAGCGAUGUCGUCGAUGACAAAUGGUGUGAUGAUUACUAUACCGAUGACGCAUCUGAGUUUCACAGGCAGGAGAGGAUUCGGCUUAACAAAUUACAUACAGUUGGCUAUCAUGAAGGUCUUUCAAAGGGGCAAGAAGCUGCUGUACAAGAUGGUUUUACAAAUGGAUUCAAGGAAUCUGUAUCCGUUGGAUAUAACUGGGGUUUAGUUCGUGGUGUUUCUAGUGCAUUGGCAUGCCUUCCAGAUGGUUUGAAGGAAAAGUUAGUUGAAAGCCUAGAAGCAAGAGAGAAGUUUCAGAUGUUGUACACAUCUAUCAGUUCAGUUUCUGAAGAAGAUGCUCUUGGUUUGUAUCGUGAUGAAAUCUUGCGUAAUCAAUCAAAAGAAUAUCCUAAACCUGCAGAAGAGAACUCCACUUCAGAAACCUUGUCAAAUCAUAUCUCAAGAUGCAAUCGUCUUCGUGGUUACUCGGAAGAGCUCAAGGUUCUUCUUCAAUCUUCUGCAAUCGAAGUGCAUUCAGCAGUGGAAUGAGACACGGUGAGGUAACUUCCUCAUGUACAACUACAACUCCUGCUUUAUAAAAAUUGACAAUGACUGAAACUCAGUUUUAACCAUAUAAUGCUUUUUGUAAAAAUUUCUGUCAAUUGCUGUGCUAAAUACUCUGUAUCACAGUUUUGGGAAAUGCAAUAUGGUUAUGGUUAGAUCAGA